CAAUGUUUCUGAACGCAACCACGCAUGUUCGAGGUUCGAGUGCGCAGUGGUGGUGAAGCAGCACUGCAGCAGAAUAACUUCGUCAACGGUGUCAGCCAUUAUAGUUUGAGUCACUGGAGGUGCAAGGAGGUUUUUCGUGAACAACAGCGAAAGUGCAUAAGAUAUUCAUUCAUAAACAAGCUUUGACACAAGGUGCCAAGAUGCACACAACAUCGGAAUUAGAUUCGAACGUGCCUGCGUUUCUUGCCAAACUUUGGAAGAUGGUCGACGAUCCGAAAAUCGACAAUCUUAUUUCCUGGUCACCUUCUGGGAAAAGUUUUUUCAUUAGAAAUCAAGCAAAGUUUGCAACAAAUUUAUUACCACAUUAUUACAAACAUAGUAAUAUGGCCAGUUUCAUACGACAACUAAAUAUGUAUGGAUUCCAUAAGAAGGUAUCUGUAGAAUUGGGUGGCCUAAAAUGUGACAAAGAUGAAAUAGAGUUUGCGCAUCAGUAUUUUGUCAAAGAUCAGCCUCACUCGAUAAAGCAUAUUAAAAGAAAAGUUGCGACUAACAAAAGUCAAGAUCCAGCGCGUCCCAUUUCUGCAGAAUUAGUGACUAAAAUAUUUGCUGAAGUAAGAGACAUGAAAGGUCGUCACGAUCAUAUGGAUUCUACCUUAAAUGAAAUAAAACAAGAAAAUUCAGCAUUGUGGAGAGAAAUAGUGAUGUUGAGACAAAAACAUUUAAAACAGCAACAAAUUAUUAAUAAAUUGAUUCAAUUUCUUGUUACUCUUGUACAACCAUCAAGAAGUGGUAUAUCUGUUAAAAGGCGAUACCCAUUAAUGAUAGACUCAAGUCGUUCACAUAAACAAAGUAAAUUGUCCAAGGCGCAAAAGUCUCCUACUGGACCAGUAAUUCAUGAACUUGAUGCAUCAGAACCCGAUAUAGAUUCAGACUACUUAGCUUCUGAGAUUAUAGCAAAUGAAAUGCCAACUGUUCAAAGUCCACAAGAACAUAUUGAAACACAAAUAGAUGAUGAAAAUACUGAAAUUAUAUAUUCAGUUAAUGAGUUUGUUCAGAAUCCUAAAAUUGAAGAAGAAACAAAAAAGAAACGUGUUUGCAAAGACAAAAAGAAGAGGAAAAACAAAGUGCCUGUCAGAAUUUUGAUUCCAACGGAAAAUGGAAAAAAAUCAAGGGAAGAAUUGCAUGUGCUUGAAGUGUCUACCGACGAAGAUGAGCCUGUUACUUUAUCUAAUAAAAAUACUAUCCAUUCUAAACCAAUACCUAUGGCGACUGUGCGUAGUUCUAAACUUGCAGCGAUGGCAGCAAACAUUAAAUCUCAAGAUAUUGACACCGAUAUAGAUACUCCAGGUGAUCUGGAGGAUAAUAUGGAAGCUUUGGACAACGAUGCGUCGAUGGUGAAACUGGAAGAUAUCCUAAUUGUCCCGGAAAUGCUCAAUAGUAGUAACAUUAAAAAUAUGAUGGAGAAUGAAGUUAAUAACAGCAAUCUUAACAAAAUGAAUACAAAUCUUAAUCAAAUGGAUGACGGGAAAAAUAUUUUAAUGACAAAUAACAAUGAGGAAUACAAUGAAUGUAGAAAAAUAAAAUCUUCAAACGAAGGAAAUAAUAGGUAUGAUAGCGCAGGCGCGAGUUCAUCAAAUGAUUUAUUAGUGAGCCGUGUCAAUUCUUCUGGAAAGGCUAAUGCUAAUUACAGAGAGAUAGACAGCCGUUUGGAUUCGAUGCAAACCGAUUUGGACAAAAUUAAUAAUUCUCUUUGUGAGGCAUUCUACGGUGAAAAUUGCAGCAUUGAUGCUAAUACUUUACUUCAGUUGUUUGGUGAUGAUAAUUCACUGGGAUACGAAUUAUCAAUUAAUCCAGAAUUUAAUUCUAUACAAGAGGAUGAUGAGACUAUAAUUCCAGAUUCUAUCAAUGGAUCUGUUGGUGGUGAACUUAUGGCAUAUAAUCCUUCAUCUAAUCUACCAGAUUUUGAUAUAUUUAUGCAAAAUGAGUCUGAUUCAAAUCCAUCAGAUUUACAGAUUAACAAUCUUUAUACUACAGAUUCUUUAGAGAAUUCUAAGGAUUCACUUUUCGAUGCUGUGAAUGAUGACGUGAAUUCGAAAUCGCAUCAUCUGAAUCUAAAUCGCUUUAUAAUAAUGAUUAUGUGAAGACAACGCGUUAAUAUUUCCGUGAGUAUAAUUUUACAAUAAUGGAUGGCAUAAUUGCAGAAAUAAUCUCAGAUUGUAAAAAUAUUGUCAGUAUUGCUGAUUCAAUAUUAUUGAUCAGCACAAUUGAUUGCGUAAGAUUUCUAUAAAGUCAUUUACAAAGGUGCGACAACACAAUUGAAGUAACUUAAACUGCGAAACAAAAUACACAAUGAAACAGAUAAAAGUAUAAUAGAGCAAUCUUGACAUUGUUAAGAGAAUUAGAUAAUGACAUACUUAUAGUUACCUAAAAUUUCAUAAAUUAACAAAUGUGAAAUUAAAAAAUCCUCUAUUCUUAUUUUGUACAUAUAUAAUACUUUAAUAGAAAAUUUAUUCUUACUUUGUAUGAUAUUGUAAAUGAUUUUCAUGCUGAAAAAGGUGUAAGCUCUGUGCAAAAAAAAAAUGAAUAGAAUAAUAAUGUAAUAUUCUUUGUAAUAUCCUAUAGGAAGAUAUAAGUUUGUUAGAUUUAAUAAGCUUACGUAUGUAAAA